ACAACCCUUCACUAGGGUAACCAUGGAUUCACCUAAUCCUCUCUUGGGGAGAGGGAAUAGAGAAAGCUAGGGAAGAGGGACAGAAAGAAGAGAGUGAGAGUAGAGAAGAGGAAAGGGAAAGCUCUCUUCUUCUUCUUCAAAGCUUAAAAGAAACUCAUCCCCCCUCCUCAAGACAAAGAACAAGGAUUGCCCUAACACUGGUCAUAGCUGGAUGAAUGAUGAUCCAUGGCGGUGCCCGGCGAUAACAACGGCGGUGGCUGGCGGCGGCCAGCAAUGGUGGUCGGCUGGAAGGAACGAAAAGAAAAGAUCUAGGUGAAACGACCAUAGAAUAGAUCCAAACGAAGAGAGAUCAGCGGGCCUGUGGCCGGCAGUGGUACUCGACGUGUGGCUGCUAAGAACUCGGCCGGAGCUCCGACAAAGAUCCCAACCUCGAAUCACAACGGAUUGGGCGAAGAGGACCGAAACAGGGGACAACAGAGCCUGCCGAUUUUCCACUAAAUCCGGCAACUCGCCCGUGGAAAUAAGGUUGAAGACGAUGGCUGAGGGAUUGGAAGAAGAUGGGGAUGGAUCCAGGACCCUCUUCCUCGACUCAUGCAGCGAAUCAAUGGUAAAUCAAAUGAUGUCUUCCCAAGCCCUACUCAACGGAAAAAAUCAGGAAAAUUUGGUGGUUUCGCUGGCGGAAGACCGGAGAUGGGACGCGAGGGAUAAGGGGAGGAUUUGGGCGGCCAAUGCCCAGGGCUUUUGCCGGAGUCCGGCGAGCCCUAGUGUCCUUCUUCGGAUGGGAUUCGGAGAAGCAGUCGGACUCCUUCGGGAGUCUGGCACUGAGGUUCCAAAUCUCUUUUAUGUCUUAAGGCCUGCUUUAAGAGUCGUGUGAAAGAAAUAGUCCAUGGGCUGGCUGGGUUCUUACAGAGGUAUAGUCCACCUGGGAUACCAUGUUAUAAAGAGUUCGAGAGAAUCUCUACUACUUGCUUGCGGCUAGGAAAACUCCUAAAACGCGAUUUUUUUCUUCAUACGAUUACGACACAGCAAUCCAAUCUCUUUCUUUCUCUUCAAAUUCCUCGUGGAAAAAUUAAUUUAAAGCUAGUUCUCUAUCAACUUUUUGUCCUGCAAGAAAUAGCCCUCUACAAAAUUCAGUAGAAUCACAAAGCUCUCCAGAUGUUGACACUUGCAAUUUAUCUUUGAAAACUCUAGAGGGCGAGAAAGCUAAUCUAAGCAUGGCUAGAGAGAAGCAUAGAAUUACAACAAGAUCGCAAACUGAAUAUCUCCCCUGUGACAUCCUCUUCAGCAUCCUUUCAAGAUUGCCCCUGAAGUCUGUACUUCGGUUUUGCUGUGUAUCGAAGUACUGGUUCGAUGUGAUAACAGAUCCAGAUUUCAGAAGACUCCACUUCUUACAAUCAGCAACUGACCCAACAGUAUUAAUCCUGUUGCACCGUAAGUCGAUGGAGAACAUAAUCAGCAUGAAUCUCCUCAACGUAAAGGAACAUGGAGUCCAUGUAGGUACCAAUGCCAUUAGUCAUAUGGUUAUUUCUGGUUCAUGUAAGCUAGUAGGGACAUGCAAUGGCUUGCUCUGUUUCACUUCCUCCAACCAAGGGGAGUCUAUAUUUGUCUGCAAUCCUAUCACCAGAGAACUUGUCACUCUACCAAAACCAACUAGAACUGCACCUCCUGAAUCAAGCAUGUUGAUAUAUGGGUUUGGGUUUGACUAUUUGACAAAGAAAUAUAAGGUUGUUCGGGUAUUCUAUCCGACAAAUUCCAGAUUCAGGAAUCCCAGAUUUGGCGUGACAGCUGAGGUGUGCACCCUGGGUGCAACUUGGAAAGCAGUCCGAGGUUUCAAUCAUCCGCCCUACAGCCGUCCGGUAUUCGCUAAUGGAGCUGUACAUUGGCUGGUUCAUCCUUUGCUUUCGCAAAAGUAUAAGAGAAUUAUAUCAUUUGAUAUAGGCAAGGAUGAAUUUAAUGUUACACCACACCCCAAAUUCUCUUCAAAUAUCAGCAUCAGUGAGCUGGGUGGCUGUUUAUCUGUAGUACCAGAUAUUGAGUAUGACCUGGUAAAGGUGUGGGUGCUGAAGGAUCACACUGAGAACCGCUGGGAAAAGGAGCACAUGUUCAGUAUAUAUAGGCCCUAUCCCAGUACAAGAUUUCCAAGGCUGAUAUCCAUCUGUGAAUGCAAUGGGGUGCUGUUGGUUUGGCUUCAGGAUGGUUUUUACUCAUAUGACUGUAAGACAAAAUGUCAAAAUACACUGAAGAUAUCAGGGUUCCCUACAUGGUUGGAUUGGGAGGUUUGCAGUGGUUACAGGGGAAGUUUGGUGCCUCUAGGGGCUUAUCAUGACAACAAAGAUGGUGAGAAGGAUGAUGCUUAUUUUGUAGCGGCAUAAAAUUUUACUCCAGCCCAGUGUGCUCUGGUUUGUGAGCAGGAGGUUUUUGGUAGGUAUAAUGACAUAAUUUUUCACAAAGAAUGACAUGUUGUUGGUUUAAGUUAGUUCUUCUUCUUCUUCUUCAUGUUAUAUGACUGCAAGACCCGGUUAUUGGUUUCUGAAAGUAUGUCAUUGAAUGCUAGAGAAAUUAGUUCUUCUAUGUGCUUCUUUUUUUUUUAGUUAUAACAUUCUCUAUAUGUUUCAAAUA